AUGAUUCAGUUUACGUGUCGAGAUUGUGAUUACAUUUCCUUUUCUUCAGCAGAAACCACAUCAACAUCAGGGACGACCACCACAGCCAGUUCUACUGCCAGCUCCACAACUGAAGAAUCAGCUACAACAACAGGGACAGGUACCACAGCUGAGACGACUGCCAUUUCCACAGCUGUAAGAACAUCAACAAGAACAACAACAGCGCCUACAACUACACCUGGCUCCACCAGUACCUCAACAACAGAAGAAACCACUUCAACAACAGUAUCCGCCACUACAGCACCGUCUACUUCCAGUUCCAUAACUGAACAAACCUCCACAACAGUCUCAGCAACAACUCCUGGCUCAACCACUGGCUCCACAACUGAAAGCACAUCAACAUCAGGGACAACCACCACAGCCAGUUCUACUGCCAGCUCCACAACUGAAGAAACAACUUCAACAUUAGUAUCCACCACUACAGCACCGUCUACUUCCAGUUCCACAUCUGAACAAACCUCCACAACAGUCUCAGCAACAACUCCUGGCUCAACCACUGGCUCCACAACUGAAACCACAUCAACAUCAGGGACGACCACCACAGCCAGUUCUACUGCCAGCUCCACAACUGAAGAAUUAGCUACAACAACAGGGGCAGGUACCACAGCUGAGACAACUGCCAUUUCCACAGCUGGAACAUCAACAACAACAACAACAAGAACAACAACAGCGCCUACAACUACACCUGGCUCCACCAGUACCUCAACAACAGAAGAAACCACUUCAACAACAGUCUCCGCCACUACAGCACCGUCUACUUCCAGUUCCAUCACUGAACAAACCUCCACAACAGUCUCAGCAACAACUCCUGGCUCAACCACUGGCUCCACAACUGCAACCACAUCAUCAUCAGGUUCAACCACCACAGCCAGUUCUACUGCCAGCUCCACAACUGAAGAAUCAACUACAACAACAGGGCCAGGAACCACAACUGAAACCACUUCAACAACAGUAUCCACCUCUAGAGCACCGUCUACGUCCAGUUCCACAUCUGAACAAACCUCCACAACAGUCUCAGCAACAACUCCUGGCUCAACCACUGGCUCCACAACUGAAACCACAUCAACAUCAGGGACGACCACCACAGCCAGUUCUACUGCCAGCUCCACAACUGAAGAAUCAGCUACAACAACAGGGACAGGUACCACAGCUGAGACGACUGCCAUUUCCACAGCUGUAACGACAACAACAACAGCGCCUACAACUACACCUGGCUCCACCAGUACCUCAACAACAGAAGAAACCACUUCAACAUUAGUAUCCACCACUACAGCACCGUCUACUUCCAGUAACACGACUGAACAAACCUCCACAACAGUCUCAGCAACAACUCCUGGCUCAACCACUGGCUCCACAACUGGAACGAUUUCAACAAAACUGACUGCAACCACAGCAAGUACCACUGCCAGUUCCACACCUGAAACACCAACAACAACAGAGAUUACCACACCGCCCAGUACUGCUGCCAGUUCCACACCUAAAACUACUACAACAACUGAAACAACCACCACAUCAAGUACUACUGCAAGUUCCACACCUGAAACAACGACAAUAACAGAGACUACCACCACAGGAAGUACUACUGCCAGCUCUACACCUGAAGCAACUACAACAACAGAGAUUACCACACCGCCCAGUACUACUGCCAGUUCCACACCUGAAACAACGACAACCACAGAGACUCCGACACUGCCUAGUACUACUGCGAGUUCCACAACUAAAACCACAACAACAAUAGAGACUACCACCAUACCAAGUACUACUGCCAGUUCCUCAACUGUGUCACCAACAACUACUGGCUCAACCACUGGGUCCACAACUGAGACGACCACUAUAGCUAGUUCUUCUGCCAGUUCUACAACAGAAGUAACAACUACAACAGUGAAAACAACCACAGAGGUUCCUUGCCAUGGAAAAUGGUCUGUGUGGAUUAACAACAACAAACCAUCUGUUGAGCAAAAGCAUGAUAAAGAACCAUUGGAUCCAAUUCGAGAUACCGUGUGUCAAUCUUAUGGGAACAGGAUUACAAAUAUUCAAUGUGAAGCUCUCAAAUUUCCUGGGUAUCCAAUUAGUAAAACCAACGAUACAGUAACAUGUGAUGUAAACAGCGGAUUGAUAUGCCACAAACCAGCUAGUGGCGCCCUUACAUGUCUGGACUAUAGAAUUAGAGUUUGCUGUGAACCAUUUGAAACAACAACACUUCCAACCAUAACAACAUCCGUCUCCAGGGCUACUACACCUGGAGAAUGUUUCUGUAAUUCAGACCCACCAAGGAAGUGUAAUGAAACGUGGCAAGAGAACUGUGAGACCAUUACUUGUGUUAUAGCGCAAACAUAUGAAAUUACGAAGGUGCCCUGUUCAGUCCCUGUGAAACCUACAUGUUACAGUGGCUCAGAACCCAAAAGUGUCCAAACUAAAGAUGGCUGCUGCUCAACAUGGGACUGUGACUGUAACUGUCAAAUAUGGGGGAACAGACAUUAUCGUACCUUUGAUGGGCUGCAAUAUAACUUCUUUCAAAAUUGUACAUAUGUUCUUGUACAAGAAAAAGUUCCAAGAUACAAUUUCUCUGUGAUACUUGAUAAUUAUGAUUGUGCUCCACGAAAUUUAGUGUCCUGCCCCAAAAUACUCAUCAUUAACUACAAUGGAUAUGUCAUCUAUUUUUCAACUCAGAAACCUUCGGUAACUAUCGAUGGAAUGAAAGUGAACUUUCCAUAUCAUGGAAAAGAACUUAAUGUUACAAAAAAUUACAACAAAGUUACAAUUUACAUUCCUGCUAUUCGAACCACAAUCAUUGGUCGAAAAAACAACUUCAGGAUCAGAGUGCCGGAGCAGUACUUCUUACAAAAUACCCAAGGACAAUGUGGUUCUUGUUCUAGAAAUAUGAACGAUGAAUGUACACGAAGGAAUGGAAAUUUAGAGCCACUUGACUGCUGUCACAAAACUGCACUUGACUGGAAAGUUAAUAAUCCCAAAAAGGCAUAUUGUGCAGCAGCUCCUACAAAAGUGCCUUGUGAAGCACCUCCAACUCCCCUUCCAUGUGUAUAUGGGAAAACAGUGUGUGAUGUUCUAUCAGGAGAGUCAUUCAGACAUUGCAGAAAUAGGCAAGAUCUUACAAAAUAUAUCGAGGCAUGUCAGAAUGACCACUGUGCAGUUAAUUCGACAGAGUUGGAAUGUUCUGAUGUGGAAGCUGCUGCCAUGAUUUGUAAUGCAGCUGGGACUUGUGUUGACUGGAGAGCUUCGACAAAUGGAUUAUGCUCCUACAACUGUCCAUUCAGUUUCACCUACAAAGCCUGCGCCAGAUACAAUGACAAUUAUUGUAAGGAUGGUGUGAUGAUAUCUGGGGAGAGAUUUGAUGAGCGUGUUGAAGGUUGCUUUUGUCCAGAUGGAAUGAUGCUCUCUGAGGAUAGAACCCAAUGUGUUCCUUCAUGCACUAGAUGCAAAGAUAAAGCAGGAAACCUAAGAUACGAAGGUGAAAGUUGGUCUCAUCCCAAUGAUACAUGUAUCCACUACCAAUGUUCAAGAGAUAUGGUGAUAAAGACACAAAUAACAUGUUCAUCUCGUCCACCCUGUGAUGAGGCUAACAAAAUAUGGGAUGGAUAUCACUGCUGCUAUGACUGUCGUCAGGAAUUAAAAUUCUGCAAAGUAAAUAAGAAACAGCUCAAUGUCACGAAGAAUGGCUGUUCAGCAAACAUUGGGGUGCAAAUAUGUGAAGGACAUUGUGAAUCAUUUGCCAUGUUCAAUCCCGAAAUGAAUGGCAUGGAACGAAAAUGUUCCUGCUGCAAUGAAAAUGAAACGGAGACAAAAUCAGUGAUGCUGCAAUGCCCCAAUGGAACAACUCAACAAUACUUAUAUACUUCUGUAAAGUCAUGCCAGUGUAAAACCUGUACAGGAAGCCGAGAGUAUUAAUGCCACACUCACGUAGCUAACUCACUGAACAUAUUUCAAUUGAUGCUUAAAUUGGAAAUUGAAUUCUAAAGUAAAAGACUCUUUUUCUUUAUGAAUUCUGUUUGAUUGAUAUAAUUUAAUGGUGAUAAAAUAAUAUUGUAAAGUUUCAUUUACUCCUAACUCCUUCUUUUAAACUGUGGGAAUGCAAUCUGUUCAUAACAUGUCAUUGAUCUGUUUCAAACCUUUUGCUUGUUUACUGCAAAUUGAAAUCAAUAAAACCU